AUGGGAAAACCAGAUGAGAAAUAUUUUGAUUCAGUUCCAAGCAAUUGGACUUCUAUAUGCCGAGAUGUUAUGCUUGGCCUUUUAUAUUAUCCUCAAACAACUAAAAUAGAUUUAAAUCAAAGUGCACAAAUUCAAGUGUUGCUAAUAACUCCUCCACAUCGAAUAAAUGGAAAUGAUACUGUUACUAUUCAAUGGAAACCAUCGGAAUGUAAUGAUUGUUUUACAUGGACACCAAAACAACUUUCUUUCAAUAUUAACAAUUUUCAAGAAAGACAAACAUUAACAAUAACUCGUGUUAAAAAUGGCCCUCAAACAACACUUAUUCCAAUAUUUAAUGGUGGAGGUUUUGAUCUUGUUGAUCCCAUACUUUAUCCUAUUUAUAUUCAAUAA